AUGGGAUCUAACGAGAAUCUGCAAUUGGACCAGUUGAAUGCGAAGAUUCAACAAUUGGAAAUGAAAAUUAAAGAGUUGGAAAAGGUUAUCAGCGAGAAAGAUCAGACAAUUCAAGACUUGUACAGCCAGUUGGACAAGUACAAGAGCAUCAUUCCAACGCCCGCCAGCAGACUCAUGGCAGAUUCACGGCGCAAGGUGAGAGCGCAAGGAAUUUCAGCUGAACCAAAGAAGUUGAAGGGCUUGGAAGAUCUUCCGACCGAGCAAUUCAAGUCGCACCCUAAAUCUUCCAAGUUAUUCAAUUCUUACAUUUUCAUUUUAUGGACAAAAGAUUUCCUGAUUGAAGCAAUCCGCAGCAACGAGUUCAUGAAGAACCUGUCAGCUCAGAACAUAAAAGAAAUUGUGGAGCACAUGUACCCGGUCGAGUACAAGAAGGGCAGUGUCAUCAUCAAGGAAGGAGAUGUUGGUUCCAUUGUCUACGUCAUGGAGGUUGGUUUGGUGGAGGUGACGAAGGAAGGCAUGCGACUGUCCGUCAUGACUCCGGGGAAGGUCUUCGGAGAGUUGGCUGUCCUCUACAACUGCACCAGGACAGCCACUGUCACAGCGUUGGACCCCUGCAAGUUGUGGGCACUCGAUAGGCACGUCUACCAGGGAGUUCUCAUCCGGGCCGAGAUGAUGAAGGAAAAAGAAAAAAUGGAGCUCAUUAAAAAAGUUCCGAAGUACAGGAACGAAAGUGAAAAUGUCUUGAAGCAUCUCGUGGACACUUUGGAUGAAAUGGUGUACUCGAAGAACAGCAAAAUAAUCAACCAGCAUGACAUCGUGAACUGCCUGUACAUCAUCUCCAAAGGAGUUGUGUCAGAAAUAAAGGAUGACGGCAAACUUCUGCGGACGUACAAGGCCGGUGAAUACUUCGGAUGUGUCGACUCCAUCGGCACAAUCAACCUGUCCCAAGUGGCCCUGGAACCUCAGGACAUCAGGAGCGUUGCUGAUUUGAAGCUUGUUGCCACUAUUGGCAUAGGAGGGUUUGGCAGAGUUGAUCUGGUUCAACCGUUGCACGACACGAACCGAUCGUUUGCUCUGAAGAGAAUGAAGAAGAGUCACAUCGUGGAGACGAGGCAGCAGGAACACAUACUGAAUGAGAGGAACAUUAUGCUCGAAUGCAAAUGCGAUUUCGUCGUCAAAUUGUUCAAAACAUUUAAAGACAACAAGUACUUGUACAUGUUGAUGGAACCCUGUCUUGGAGGUGAACUCUGGACUCUGCUCAGAGACAAAGUUUCAUUUGACGAUAGCACCAGCCGAUUUUAUGUGUCAUGCGUCAUCGAAGCUCUCACCUACCUGCACUCUAAAGGAAUCAUCUACAGAGAUCUCAAACCUGAAAAUUUACUCCUCGAUGAUUAUGGUUACAUCAAAAUGGUCGAUUUUGGAUUUGCCAAAAAAAUAGGAGUUGGUCGUCGUACUUGGACGUUUUGCGGAACUCCUGAAUACGUUGCUCCCGAAAUUAUACUGAACAGAGGACAUGACGCCACAUCAGAUCUCUGGUCCCUUGGUAUACUUGCCUACGAACUGCUCAGCGGAAAUCCUCCGUUCACUGCUUCCGAGCCUAUGAAAACCUACAAUCUCAUCCUCAAAGGAAUCGACAACGUCAGCUUUUCCAGCCAGAUUCCAAAACAUGCACAAAGUUUUAUUAGAAAACUUUGCAGAGACAAUCCAUCAGAUCGGCUUGGACACGGAUCAAUUAACUUGAAAGAUGUUCGUAAACACAAGUGGCUGAACAAUUUCAACUGGGAAGCCCUGAAAAACAAAGCUUUAAGAGCGCCUUUCAUACUUCUGGUGAAAGAUAGAUCGGAUGUGAGCAAUUUUGAUACGUUUCCUCCUGAUACUGACCCCGACCCACCAGAUGAUCUCACUGGCUGGGACAAAGAUUUCUAAAGCGGAGAACAUUAAUAAUAUAUAUUUUUAUACACAUUAUCUUCCAUCGCCCAUCAAAAUUUGUAAAUAAUAAAUUUGUAUUAACAUCGUUAAAUUGAAUAGUAAAUGUCGAUACCAUUUGUUUAAAAUUCCUGUAAUUUGUGAUGAGAAAGCCAAAGUUAAGUUCAAAAUAGUUCUUGAAGCAAAGAUCUCGAAAUAUUGAUCACCGUAUCCUCCGUAAAACAUUUAUGAACUAUCACGUGCCUAUAAUUUAAAUAGGCAACUCAUAGCCUAUCUGUGCAAUUUUAAAUUAUUUUCAACAUUUUUCGCUGAUUCAUGAAAGUUUAUUUACCAUCCAAUAAAUUUAAAUAUAUAAA